AAAGAAUUAUUCUGUUACGUACAGGCAGGAAGGAGGUUUCUCGAUUCCCGCCCGAGUGUAGUGACGCUGUUUAUGUAGACUAAAGUGGUUAGUUGGUGUAGUGAAGUGAAGAGAUGUUUUGUUGAUAGUUUUAUGAUGUGCAAGUGAGUGUUAAAAUUAGUUUAUGUGAUUUUACGUGAAUACUUAUAGCCUAACCCAAUGAAGAAUCCAGAUCAAGAUGGUUAGAGAGACUCGUCACCUUUGGGUUGGAAAUUUGCCCGAGAACAUCCGUGAAGAUCGGAUCAGAGACCACUUCAAACGGUAUGGUCGAGUGCAGAGUGUCAAACUUCUGCCGAGGGCCAAGGAUGACGAAGGGUCGGGCGUGUGUGCGACUGUAUCCUUUAUGGAUAUCAAGUCAGCGUCCAAAGCACACAACAAUGAGCAGAAGCUCGAGGAUCGGACAUUGACUACGGAGUAUCAUGAGCCUGCAGCCAUUCCCGGCUCCACUGCACCCAUAUACUCCUCUCAAAGAUUCUCCCAUGGACCACCAGAGGAGAUAAGCAGUUUUGAAAGAUCUAGUCACUUUUACGAACGUGAGCGGGAACGGAGGGAUGGUGAUGCAUAUCUGCGGCGUGCAUCAUCAACGUACCACGUGCCUGCCGCAGAACCCCUGCGCGGGAGGACGCGGGACCGACACUACCGCAACGGCCCAUACGCUCCCAUCAUUGAGAGCGUGGUGAGUCGACAACCUCCCCACCACAGGAGUGUCGGGUCAAGUUGGAGCUAUGACUCGUCCUCACGCUACCCUCCGCCCUCUACCACCCCUGAUGUGUACGGUGACGACCGUCGAGACCUCACGCCAGUGGUCGUCGUGCACAAGAAACACGCCAAGUCUAGAAGGUGUUACAGAUCGGGGUCCAACGGCAGUGAGAGCGGUUCCAACUCCUCCAGCGUGUCUAGGUCGAGAUCCAGCUCUAGCUCCAGCCAAUCAGGGAGCAGCAGUUGUAGCUCAGCCUCCUCAUCACCCACCUCCGACAAGUCCUGCUCCACCCAUAGUCACCAUGGGUCGCUGCGUAGUGGUGUGACACUACAGUCAGCUGUGUCCACCCCUCACACCAACAACUCUAGUCCAGCUGUACACAGUGACGACAGACGACCCCUGGCAAUCUGUGUCCGCAACCUACCCGCCCGCUCUAGUGAUACAAGCCUCAAAGAUGGUUUGUUUCACGAGUACAAGAAACACGGCAAGGUGACAUGGGUGAAGGUGGUGGGCCAGGGCUCUGACAGGUACGCGCUUGUCUGCUUCAAGAAGCCGGACGAUGUUGAGAAGGCGCUGCUCGUGUCCCAUGAUAAGCUGUUCUUCGGUUGCAAGAUCGAGGUGGCGGCAUACCAGGGUUAUGACGUGGACGACAAUGAGUUUAGGUUUGUGGCUAGGCCGUACGAGGCUGAGCAAGACGAGUUCCAUCCUAAAGCCACGCGGACGCUGUUCAUCGGCAACUUGGAGAAGGACAUCACGGCGGCCGAGCUGAGGAAACACUUUGACCAGUUUGGCGAGAUCAUCGAGAUUGACAUCAAGAAGCAAGGGUCGACGUCGUCGUACGCAUUCUGUCAGUAUUGUGAUAUCAGCAGUGUGGUGAGAGCGAUGCGGACACUGGACGGAGAACAUCUCGGCAACAACCGCAUCAAACUGGGCUUCGGCAAGUCUCUACACACCAACUGUGUGUGGGUGGAUGGUGUGGCAGAGUCAGUCACUGAGAAGUACCUCAGUCUACAGUUCAGUCAGUUUGGGCCUGUGUCUCAUGUGGCGAUAGAUCGUUCCAGAGGUCACGCUUUGGUGUUUUAUGACCAGUUGGGGUUCGCUCAGUCUGCAGUGAAGGAUAUGAGAGGGGUGGCUGUGCGAGGAAGGAAGUUACAGGUGGACUUUGCCUCCAGAGAAUGUCAAGAGGCGUUCUACGACCAUCUGGAGAAGCAGACUGGGCACAACACUACGUUUGAAACCAGUGUGCAAGUGUCACCGCAGGCCACUACUGGGGCUCCAGUCAGAGGAUUUGAGACGCCUUCCUCAUCGUCUAGCAGUAGUGGCGGGGGAGGUUCGGCUCGCUACCCUCGUUACUCCACACAGCCCCAGGCAGCUCGGUCGUACUCACGGGGGGCCCCCACCACAGCUGUGAGUCCUGGCACGUCGCCUGCACGCUCUACCCCUCGCCAUGUCACCACUACGCCACGCUUUGACUUCAACUCUGACUUCAUUGCUGACAGGAGGCCGUACAGGAGUUAUGAAGAAAUGUCAUUGGAGGAUGGAGGUGGAACAGUGACUGUGACGGUCGGCCAGGGACCACAAGACAUUCGGCACCUGCAGAAGGAGAGAGUGGCUCUCCUGGAACAACUAGAAGACUGUGCUAGUUCUGGGGAGGAGGGGAGCUCGCGACGCAGAUGCAAGCACAGACGAAGCCACAGUGGGGAAGGCAGUAGACCUGGCACUCCUCUGUGCGACGAGAGACCAGAAAAUCUCCCACCAUUAGAACCUCGGCGAACACCUAGGGAGAGACCUCCGGAUCCCCUCUCAUUACCUCUACCGAGGUUCGCGACUCAACUCAUGUCACCUCGUCCAGCACCUCGUAGCCCACCUGCCUCUCCGCCUCGACCCCAGUCAACGUCUUCAGAUGAUUCGGAACCCUCCCCUCCAUCACCAGAGUGGGAGGAGCGACUCAGAUCACUGGAUGAAAAGUAUGAAAAAUGGUCCGGCUCCAGAAGCAUCAUGACCAAAGUCGACCCUGCAACAUUACGAGUGCGACAUAAAUUACUCGAUUUGGAUCUCAAUGAACUGCAACCAUCAGAGAUUGUCAAGUCUGUACUUGCAAAGAGGUCUGUGUUUGAUGAAGACUCAAAAAGGCUAGAAAACUUUGGAGAAAAGUAUGAGCCGAGGGAAUUUGUUCCAUCCAGACCAGGGUUUUCAACAUUAAGGCCUAGAAUGGACAGUCCUUUACUACACUCGCCUGCUGCACCCAAGUCACCGGCUGCUGCGUCUUCUCCUGCUGGAGCCAAAGGACUUCAGUAUCCAUUUCCGAGCCAUCCUCCUGUCCAGCCCACAACAAGUGUAGCUACAACUACAGCUCCAAUGUCACUUGGAACCUGUUCAAGUCUUUCUAGUGUAACUGCAAUAUCGCCUAAUGUUCCUUCCACAGAAUCUUCUAAAUCUCAAACCUUUCCCACCACUUGUAUAACGAGUGUUUCGUCAGUUCGUCAGUUUCAACCUCCAACAACAACCUUUCAUCAGCCACCAAAGCUCUCAUCACCACCAUCUGUUGAAAAGAAACAUGAAAAUGUUGACCCGAGGCUUUGUAGAGACGAUAAAAUGAAAGCGCCUCCCAAGUUGUUGUCACCAAACAACUCUAAUAAUGAAAAAUCAGAUGGUUCAAUGAAGGAACCUUCAUUACCAUCUCCGACACUUAAACCAUUAAAAUCCUGUUUAAGAAGAGAGAGUGCUGAUGACAGAAUUUAUGACAGUGGUAGGAGAUUGUCAAGAGAUGAAGAGGGGAAGACAUUGAAAUCUGAUUGUGAAAAAGCAAGGGACCCUGAAUCUUUUGAGAGGAGAAGAAGUUAUUCAGAUCCAAGAAGGAGGGAUAGUAUGGAUUCAAAUAAAGACAGUUUGAGAACGGAAAGUGUUAGUGAUAAGUUAAAAGACAGAAAUCACAAAGAAGAAAGGCGAAGAAGGGACAGCGUUGAUAACAGUGUAAAAAAGGACAGUGAAAUUGUUGAACCAUUCAAAUCUAGGUUAAGUGAGUCUAGGGCUAGUGAGCAUUCUGACAUUUCUGAUUGUCUAAAAUCAGACCCCUUAAAUCUUAACAAAAUCUUUGACUCUCGGCAUAAUGAUAACACAAGGCACACAACAACCGACACAUCUGAGAAGAAGAAAGAUUCCUUACAAGUGUGUCCAGAAAGAGAUAGGAGAAGAGGGCGCGAGAGCGUUGAUACUAGUAGUGAUAGUUCUAGAAAUAGUAAGGUACCUGAAAAUUUAGAUGAUAAGAAAGAUGUUGAUUGUGACACAAGGCAAAAGGACAAUGUUUCUGAGAAGAGUGAUUCCUUGACUAGAAAAUCUGUUGACUACAAUGAAAAGAAAAAGGAAUGCGUUCAUCAAGAAACCCAAAAAUGUAAUGACAGUUCUGAAAAGAGGAAAGAAAAGGAUACUUUACAUGUUUACCAAGAAAAUUCCAAACACAAAGAAAAGAGAGAUCAAGUAAAAAAGGAAAAGGAAGCUACAGAUUUUACAGAGACUACUAGGCACAAGUCUUCAAGAAAAAGUCCUGAUUCAUUAGACUCUCUCAGGCAGAAGGAUGACAAAUCUAAAUCUUCAACUUACAUGGAAAACUCAAGGCACAAAGAAAAUAGUAACCGAAGAGAAUCAGAGUCGUCUGAAGACCUUUCACUGAAAAGUGUGGAUAUCAAAAAAGAAAACGAUAACCUACAGAACAUUAAGUACAAAGAUUCAUCACACAUAAAAGAUCAUUUUUCAGACUCCUACCAUUCGGCAUGUAAAUCAGAAGAGUUCAAUGAAAACUUAAAGCCUAAAGACAUAAGAAAAGAUCAGGAGUUUACUGCUAAUUCAAGGCACAGAGAAAACAGCAAACAUUUUGACUAUACAAGGCUAAGAGAAGACGAAAAGAAGAGAGAUAAUGGUGACUCCCACAUCAUUCAACAAAUUGAUGUGAAAAGAGAGCAUGCUGAACUAAUGAAAAGUAAAUUUCAAGAAUUGAACAAGGAAGCAGAUAUUUUUAGACAUCUCAAACAACCUAACUCUGAAUAUUCAUCCCAUCGCUUCAAGGAAUAUGACAAAAGAAGAGAUGGAGAAAAACUCGAUUUCAGGACAAAAAACUCAGAAAUCCCUCUUCAAAACAACAUUUUUGAAAGUUCCAAACAGAAGAAUUUUGAAAAACAAAAUAAUACUGAUCCAACAAGUCAAAUAAGUGAGUGGGUUGAAGAGAUUAGGAAAGAUUUAGAAAACUCUGGGUAUGUAAAAAGUAGAGAUACAGGAGAUGACUAUGAUGAGAAUAGUUAUGAUCCAAGAAAAAAUGACGCUUCUCAUUCAUAUGACAUUAACCACCAACCUAUUGAGGAUAAAAGAAAAGAAGGAGAUCCUAAGUCAAAACAGGGUUUGAAGAAAGAGGAUGACACGGACACCUUGCAUAAAGAUAGUGAAAAGAAAAAGAUCAAUAACUCUGACUAUAAAUUUUAUGAAAGAAGAAAAAAUGCUGAUGCUGCUGAAAUAUUUCGGCGGAAAGAAUUUGCACGGAAAAAAGAGAAUUUCAAUGAUGUUGAUAGUAUGAAGUUGAAAGAGAUAGAAAAGAAAUUUGAAAAUGAUCUCUUAGGAAGUGUUGGCAAACAAAGAAAUGUCGGAGAUAAAAAACGAGACUCCUGUGACCAAGAUCGUCAUAGAGAUGCUAUUGACCAUAAUGAACUAAAUCAUCAGAGAGAUUGGUAUGACGAAAAGCAUGCUGAUAGGAAAUCAGAUAUUGGCAAAGGGAGGAGAAUUAUUAGGGAAAUAGAUUCCUUUGAAAAAGGAUGUGAAUCAGACCAAAAUGAUAGAAAAGAAGAUGGAGAAAGCAUUGAAAAGAAAAAUAGUUCAUUUGAUCACCAUGAAGAUGAUGACUUAAUGAGAAGAAAUGAUUUUUCAAAAAAGGAAAAGAAAAGGGAGAACUUUUGGCCUGCGGCUAUUGGGUCCAAAAGGCGUCUGAGUUCUCAAGAUAGUUUAGAAAUCAGUGCUGAUGACUCAAAAAAGAGUAAGCCCGAAAGAAGAGAUUCUAAAGACAGUGGGCGAAGUAGCACGAGUAGUAAAAAGAGCACUAGUGAAAAGCACAACAAAUCCUUUGCUAAGAUGCUCGAGGAAAAGAUCAAAGAAGACAAAGAAAAGGAGUUAUGCAAGAAAAGAAAGGAGGAUGAAGCUGAGAGCAUGAAAAUGUUUAAAAAAGAUAAAAAGAACAGUAGCGAAAAAAGAAAAGAAGACCGCAAAGGGAAGCCAAAGCACAAUAAAGAAAAUGGCAUAACAGCAAGUGAGAGUGAAGCAGGUAGUGGUGAUGAUGAUUCCAAAACUCCAAAACGACAUUCUAUUUUUGAUAUUGUUGAUGAAGAACCUGCUUACAUUUCAAUGUAUGACAAGGUAAAAGCCAGAUCCACCAAAAAUAUGCAAAAGCAAGAAGAAGAGAAAAGGCAGGAAAGGCUGAAAGAAAAAUUCAAUCAGUUAAAACAAAGUCGUGCCAAAAGAGAGGAAAAGAAGCGAUCAACAUCCUAUGAUGAAGAUUCUGACUCUGAAAGAGGAGGUAGAAGAUCAAAUAAAUUGAUGAUAACCAGCUCAGAAGAAGAUGUUAAUUCUGAGGGAGACAUUCGAACCAAAGGAAGAAAAAUUAUGUCUGACACCUCUGAAGACGACUGCCAUAGAAAUCUAAAUCUUCCACGAUUGAAAGCUUUGAAGUCAAAUGCUGAAGAUGUUGAAACCAAACCUCGAAAAAUUAUGUCUGAUACUUCUGAAGAUGACACUCGAAGAUUGAGCAUCGCCAGAAUCAAAGUUCCUCGACCUCAUCAAGAAGAUUUGGAACCUAAACUAAGAAAAAUAUUGUCUGACACUUCAGAAGACGAUGUAAUGAAACAUACCAUUGUGAGAAACAAACCAUCUCGUAUACAAUCUGACGAAAGUGAAAUUGAUUUAAGCUUUGAUGAAAAUAAGAAGGGAGAUGGAUUUGUAAAGAAAAGUAAUGAUUAUCCUACUGCUGAUUUGUUUUCAAAUAUAUCUGAAGAUCCAGAACAUCCAACUCAAACUGAUAUUGAAAAAGAGCAAUCAGAGCAGUAUCAUAGAAAUUCAAUUGAUAGUAGUACAUCGGACUUGCCAAGAAAGAAAUCUCACAAGAAAAAACAAAAGAGGCAGAAAAAUUCAGAUGACCCAGAAGAUGGAAAUGGAAAACGCCAUAGUUCAAAGAAGGAUCGUAGAAAAUCAUCACAUAGUCAUGAUGGCGAUGAGGAACAAACUGAAAAAACUAAAGUAAGAAAAAAGAAAAGUGAAAGAGAUGGCUCGUCUAAAAGGGAUGACAAAAUGGAAGACAUUUUUGGACCAUUGUCAGAUGAUUCCGAUAAGACUCAUAAUAACAAAUGGCAUGUGUCUCAGAUAUAUGGAUCAGACUCUGAGGAUGAAAGACAAGUUAUAAGAAAACGUGACAAAAGGCGAAAAGAGAGAAAGGCUCGGGAACUUGACGAGGCUGGCCGGGCACUUGAAGCAAAGCUAUUGGAGAAUUCUGAUGGGUUUCCUCCUUCAGAGGACUUCAAAGAAAAGGUCAAAAAGAAAAAGAGGAAGAAAUCGAGGGAAGAGAAGAUGAGUAAACAUCAUCAACAGAGACUGGAGGAAGAAGCUGCAGCCAUAGCUAAUGAAGCGGAUUCUGAAAGAGAGCCUGAACCAAUUGCCCCACCUCCAUCUUUACCACGAUUAAUGGACAGCCCACCACCUCCUUCUAUUAAUCAGAGUAAGAAGCCUGACAUUCCUGGGUUUGGGUCUCAAGUUGAUGAAAAUAUUCAUGAAACUGCAGUCAAAAGUAUUUCAGAAUCACCAACCAAACCAAUAGAAGAAAAACGAGAACCAAUUGAAGAGCCCAUACCUUCAUCAAAUUCUGAAGACAAGCCAACACCUGUAAUAUCUCAAGAAGAAACAGAGGAUGCUGUUGCUGCUCUCCUCCUAGAAGAUUCUUUUGGAGGUGGCUUUGAAAGCUAUACCAAACCAGAUACUCCUGUUUCUGAACCAGAUUUGCAAAUUGACACAGAUACUGAGGAUAAUUAUGAUCCAAUUGAUUUUUCAAGACCACCAAGAACUCCUGAUAUACCAACUUCAUUUUAUAGACAACAAGAUACAAGAGAGGGAUUAGAAGAACGUAUCUUGGCCUUAGCUUGUCCAGACAACUCCAAGCAGGAGGGUAGCCAAUCUCCUGCAAGUUCACCACCAACCAUACAUAUUAACGAGUAUCAUCAUAGUGAUAAUGAGAACAAAUCUAGUGAUGAUAAGGAGAAAGAAAGUAGUAACUCAUCAUUCCGACCAAAACCAAUCAACAGCGAAUCAAAGACUAUUAAUAUUAAAGCUGAUGACAUUGCUUCUCCUCUAAAAGAGGAUCGUUGUGAUUCUGUUAGUCGGUCAGUGGAUGCUCCUAAGCGGCAAGAUUUACCACCCUUGAUUUGUAAAGAUGAAACAUACCAAUCUCCAAAAAAUAUAGUUGCUGAAUCUUCAUCUCAUAAUUCUGCAGAACCAAAGACAGAAGCCAGGAUAUUGAGUUCUGAGAAACCAAUUCCAGCAACUCCCUCUCAAGUAUUGUCAAAACCUGUACCAACACCUUUGCCACCACCACUUGUCCAUACUUCAAACCAGUUUCCUAAAAGCACAACAAAUGAAACACCAUCUGUUAUAUUUUCUUCUCCUCCAAGUGCACCAACAGAAACCGCAAGAAAUGUCCAGUCUUCACAUUCUCCUUUAAACCAUCAGGCUGUGUUUCCUACUCAGGUAGAAAUAAACAAAAAACAGGCACUGCCUACACCAACGUUGCAAGACUCAAAUAUAGACAAAUCACCACUGCCUCAAAAACCAGUCAGUCAAAUUAUCGUAACACCUCCAACUUCAGUAGCUUUAAUAGUCCAGACACAAACCAAGUUGCCACCAUCCAAUCAGCAAAACAAUUCUGUAUUGCAAUUAGCAAACAAAAUCCAUUCACCUGGAGCCCAACAUGUUGAUGUAAAGGGUAAUGCACAAGUUUCUCAAUAUGUUUUGCAUCACAACUUACAGUCACCACAGUCGUUGGCAUCUCAAUCAAUCUCCAAUAAAACUGUAAGCUCUGUGAAUCAUGGAAACUUUCCACAGGUACAAGGAAGUCACAAAUUAAACCUACCAACAAUGCCUGUGUCUGCUAAGUCCCCGACAGGGUUGAUUGUUCCCAACAAACCAAUGCUAGACCAAUACAAACAGAUUAUAGCUAAUCAGCCUCACAGUCAACAGUUGAGUGUGAAUGUAUCCCACAAUCAACACCUGAAUACCAAUGUAUUGCUUUCUCCUAGUCAACAACUGAAUAUUAACCAUUCUUCGGCACAACAUUCUUCAUCGCCCCAUCAUUCACCUGCUACGCUCAGCUUUUCUCCUCACCACGUAAAGGUUUCAUUGGCUCAGCAGCAGACUAACAACAUCCAUCCUGCCAUGCUGCAACUGAGUCCAAAUGUUCAUCACCAACAAAUGAGUCCACAUCAGCAGAAACACAUCCAGCAACAUUCACCUGUGCUGCAACAUGCCAACAAAAAUAAUUCUAAUCUUCUUCAGCAAGUGCCAAAUUGCAUACCAGUGAAACUAUGCUCCCCCACUAAACCAGGGACAGGUCAUACAAUCAGACACCUCUCUCCUGUGUCUCAGCCGAAUUCCAUCAAUAAAAUAAAUGCUCAUGUUUUACAAACAUCCUGUGUUCAACAAGUGAGAGCUGUUGUGCUGCAAAAUCCUUCAAAGCAAACUGUAACCGUGUUACAACCCCAAAUUGUACAAAAGACUAUUGGAGCUCAGAUGAUUCGUCCCCUCAACGCACCUCAACCUCAGGUGGUUCACACUCUGAAGAAUGAUGCUCCAGUUCUGGAUAAAAAUAGAGCCUCCUCUGAAAACAUUCAAAACCCUCUGUCUUUAAAGAUUGAAACCCCCUCGCUGGCAACAAAAGCCAUACCCAAAAUCACAGAAGAGCCUCUUUCUCUGACAACCUCCAAGAAAGAUGAACUCCAUCAUCCUGUUAAAACAGAAAAACUGACGACUGGAGAGACAGUCAUAGAAUCAGCACGUUUGUCAGCAGUUGAAACUAAAAUAAUAAAACCAGUCAUUGAGGAAGUGAAACCAUUGAAUGCUGUUAUUCAAGAUCUGACGGCAAAAGUUUCUUCGUCUCCAAGUCAAUCACAAGAUUCUAAAACAAGUAAUUCAGCCACUCUUGACAAAGUUGUACAAGAACUCCAUGACCGAAAAAAGGCGGUAGAGUCAAAAGAUCCAAUCAAAAUUGAAGCAGACACCGAUGAGUUGAAAACAAAAGUAGAAGAUGCACCAAAAAUCAAUGCCGAGAUGGAAAUAAAAAAGGAUCAUGAACCAAAUUUAAAACAGGAAAACACCAGUCAUAAUGAACAAGACUUGAAAUCUGAAGAUGUUAAAAUUGAACCAAAAGUUGAGACAACAGUUGUUGAACCCAGUAAAACUGAGAUUGAAAGUCCAGUUGAAAAACCUGAAAUAUCCAGUGAUAAAAUUGUUUCAAAGUCAACAGAUGAGCCCAAAAUUGAGAAAAUCCGCAUUAAGAAAGAAGAAAAUGGCCUUUGUAUAGAAUCUUCAUCCUCAUUUCCCAGCCCAAAAGUCGAGAAGAGCAAAGUAGAAGGUCAGGAUGAAAUCAAAGCUGAACCCAAAGAUGAACCAAUCAAACAUUCUGAUGAAGAAUCUACUGAGGCUGUUGAUAUCAAAGAAAACAAAGACAUUCAAGGUGUAAGUGUGAGAGGGCGAGGAGGUCGACGUCGCAAGGCCAGCGGGCGAGGUGGAGGUGUCGUAACUCGCAGAGCCAGGCUCAACAACAACGCAGCCUCGGCUAGUGAGACCUCGGCCGAUGUCUACGAGUUCAGAGACGACUCUGAGGAGGAAGCAAAUAGACCACGGCUGAUCCUAACAAUAAAGAGUCCACAAGACCCGCCUGGCCCCGCUACCACCACCGCCCCAGCCACAGCAGCCUCUGUUACUGCCGCACAGGCUAACAACACUAGGAAAUCUAGGAGGCUGCAGGUCAGUAACCAAGAGAAGGACGGAGUGAGCAGAACAACUGUCGACGACACCAUCGAGGAUGUGAUCCGAGGAACUCGCAGUGGAGGGCGAAGGAUGACGAGAGCAUCAGCUACCUGCGCAGCAUCAGCUGUUGCGGCGCAGGCGCUGGAGACAAGAAAAUCUCCGAGGCGCAAACAAUGCUCAGCGCCUCCACUGCCAGCCCUGGACACACCUGCUGCAGAAGUGAAGAGUGUGGUGACUCCAGUAGAGCCUGCAGCCCCCGCCAAGCCUCUGACUCCACCUACAGCCCUUCACACUCCUGCCCAGCCUCCCUCCACAGAGCCGAUGACUCUCAUUGACCCUGUCACUGGACUACUCAUCCCCAUGAGGGAGAGUGAGGAGGGGCAGUACAUCCCAGUCAAUACUGAUCAUGUCAGGCCACAACUAGAGGGUAAGGAAGACUCUGGCGAACCAGCAGAAAAGCGGAUGAGAACCUCUCUACCAACAGACACUGAGAGCAGUCUACCAACUCGUCCAGGCAUACCUGUGAAAGUACCUCCCAACUGUGCUGUGGUGCCGCCCCUGCCACCGAAGACUACUCCUAAGCCCAUCGCGUCAGAACUGUCCCGACCGAUCAUAUCGCACGGCAAGCCCCAGGUGACCAAGACCACCGGCAUUGUAGUCCCCAGCGGCAUACCUCGGCCUACCAGCACACUGCCCAGCUCUGUGUCUCUUAGCAAGCCACUGACCAUUGCUGCUCCGUCACUAGUCAAGCCACCGCAAGGAGUCAUGAUGAGUCCCACAGGCAUCAACAACAAGGCCUCCGUCACCAAUGUGGUCGGCCCCAUGACCAUCAACAGGGUGGUAGCGCCGCCGCCGCUGUCUCCGUCCGCCAAGGCUUUGCCUACGACCCCGCUCAGCCACAAGACACACCUGCUGCAGGCAGUUCAUAGACAGAAGGUGCCAGUGGCAGGCAAGGUGCCACAACCCAUGACUCCAAAGGCGCACAUACUCCAUUCUAUCAGCAAUGUGGAAGGCAUUGUAGGUGCAGGGACUCCUCCUCCCCCCCACCACGGCCCAUUGCUCACAGGCUCUGUUGCAAGUCCUCCACUACGAGCUCACAGUCAACAACCUGUGGUCACAGGAGCCAGCAGUGCAAGGGUUGUGUGCAAGGGUGGGUUGCUGGAGCCUCUUAAGGUUGAACCCGGGGGUUGUAUUGUGGUUCCGUCCGCUUCCCCACAAACCCGCAGUCAAGUCAUGCAGGCCGGCCUUCCCGUCCCAGCUUACGAAGCUUCUAUGCAUGGGUUGGUGGCUGAGUUGCUUCCAAACCCCCAGUGGCCCCGUCAGAGUCCCCCGCCCGCUCACCAGCCCCAGGGAGACGUGGUACAACAUGUCAACUUCCCUCCCCACCACAUCCAGCCUGCCCACUACGUUCAUCCACAACUGGUGUACCAGCAGUACCUACGCGAGGCUGCACUCACGGGCUACCAUCUGCCCACCGGUGUGAAGGGUGAGAUAGAGGAAGGUGCUCGUGACGCACUGGAGUUGAGGAGAGGUUCGCCUCACGACCGCACCACUGACUCUCCCCAGGUGGCUACGGUGUAUGUGCAUGGGCCACGCCACCUGUACUACGAGCCUCCCCCAGCACACCGACCCUCGCACGCCCAGCCUCGUCUGCAAGUGGCUACACCUCCGCACGCCAGUCAGGUGCCACCUCAGGCCGACUCACUACUCAUGCUGCUGCAGAGGUACCCAGUGAUGUGGCAAGGUCUGCUCGCUCUCAAAACCGACCAGGCCGCAGUCCAGAUGCACUUUGUGUUCGGCAACCCCCACGUCGCCCGAGACUCCCUACCCUGCAACUCGGACGGGUCCACACCACCCCUACGCAUCGCCCAGAGGAUGCGGCUGGAGCAGACCCAGGUGGAAGGGGUUGCCCGCAAGAUGCAGAUGGACGCAGAACAUUGCAUGUUGCUCGCUCUGCCUUGUGGACGAGAUCACAUGGACGUCCUGCAGCAAAGCAAUAAUCUACAGAGUGGCUUCAUCACCUACCUGCAGCAGAAACAGGCCGCCGGGAUAGUCAACAUCGCCGGCCCUGGGUCUCAGCAGGCAGCUUAUGUUGUUCACAUCUUCCCGUCAUGUGACUUUGCCAACGAGAGUCUGGCGAGGAUCGCGCCCGACCUCCUUCACAGGGUCGCCAACAUCGCACAUCUGCUCAUCGUGAUAGCCACAGUGUAAAGUGUGUGGUUGUCACACCUGGUCUUCGUGAUUGCCACUGUGAAAAGUGAGCAGUUGUCACACCUGUGUCCAGUUCCGCUCUCGGAGCUCCUCGACGUCAGUGUUGAGUCACUUGUUUCGCGUCCGGCCUCAGCUUCCCAAACUUGUGUCAGAAUUGUUUUAGUCAGAGGAUUUAUUUUUGUGUGCUUUACAAGAGUCUUAGCCAAUGUUUUGAUAUCGAUUUAUACAAGAGUUUGAGUUAAGUUUUGGGAAGAUUUUGCUAACUGAUUUUUACCUUUUCAUCCGAUUUUGACGAUAUUUUACCCGAUUUCUGACCACCACCGAAUAUUACUAUCAUUAUGCCAAGUGUCGAACAAAAAAAAAAAGAUAAACUCUUAAGUGGUCUCAGUGCCUAGACCACAAGACACAACUUCUCCCAACAUCGAAAUAUUUGUGUCUAUUCUUAACUGUAGGAAACUGUAAUAAAUGUAUAUAAAUCAAGUAAGGUAAGAAAAUUAAACCAAAUAAUAAUAGUAUCCUAUGUACAUUUUAUGUCUUCUUGUAAAUUUUGUAUUUAAUAUGUAAUAAUUUAUAAUUAACUUCCAAUAAUGAAGUACAAAAGCUACAAAUGUUUAUUUGUUAUAUUUUCGAGGUAGAAAGCUGUAUAUUUUGACCAAACUAUCUCUGUUAAUAUUUAUAUAUAAAUAUAUACAUACAUAUAUAUAUUGUUUUAUAUAUAAAGAUGUAUUACAUGUAAGUAUGCGAUGCCGAGUUAUGUAAAUAUAAUUUAAUGUCAGUUUGCUCAAGUAAUAAUAGAAUAUACGGUAUAGCUCCACGAUCUGGAGCUUUGUACAUAAUUGUCCUAGUGAAUGUAUAUUUUGUGUGACAGAACCCAACUUAUAAUUUCUUUUUUUAUCUGGUUAUAUACUUUGUAAAUAGUUCAGAGUUUCGUGGGCUGUGAUCUCUGCAUUAAGUUGUAUUGUAUCGUUAUUUUUCAAUUGAUAAAAAAAAUAUAUUUAAAAAUCAUCCAGUGAUUUAAGUUAUUAAAUAAAUAAAGAUGUUAGUGAAAAUAAUAA